GACGUUCUUAUUUUGUAAUGCAUGAAGGGGCAGCUGGAACCACUGGGUCUGAACUCUGCAAAACAAAAAAGUGAAAUCCGGGUGGACACCUUGCCUGUAUUGUGCCGUGAUUUAAUUUAUUAGCUACGUGCCUCUGGCAAGUUGUGUGUAAAGCACUGUUAUCGCAAUGUAGUCUUUAUUUGCUGCUUCGCACGCUACAAAACUUGGACUCGGCUAGUUAGCUAGCCAGCCAGUCAGCUAACUGAACUCCAAACUCCAGUCUGCUGGCUUGUUCGCAAGCAACCAUCAGAAUGCAUACGCAAAAGGGGAUGACGGAGAUUAUGUUGAUUCAUUCUUGUUAAAAAAACUUUGGUUAACGAAGUAAAAUUACAAGUCUGUUGCUAACCGUAGCGACUGAACGUCAGAAGAAGUCCUCUGGAAUCGGUUACAUGGACCGUCGUGCAAAGACGAAGGUGAAAGAAGCAACACAGCCAGCUAGCUAGGCAGUCUGCAAGUUACCGCUAUCGAAAUCAUUGUAUAACUAAUUAGACACAAUUUGUAGACGAGUAUAGCUAUCGGUAUGCAAGGUAUUGCUGAGUUAGAAACUACGUGCAUGAUCUAUUUGAAAUGAAUUUACGACAUUGGCCAAGAGAGCUAGCUAGCGUACAUUUAUGCGUAGAUUUAAAUAUGUCAGAACAGCUAGCCACCUAGCUAGUUGGAUAAAACAAAAAUCGAGCUAGCUAACGAACAAGGAACUAGGCAGGCGUGACAGUGUUAUCUGGCUGAGUCAAACGAUCUGGAAAGCUUGCUAAUUGCAUUGGCGGACCACAGUACUAUGUGGUACCUAGCAAUCUAACGUCAGUUAGCGAUAUACGACAGGUUUUUCAAGUAGUCGUAGUAUUACUCGUGAUGAUUCGUUGCCACGUAAUGUUUGUACAUGUGCCACUGUGGCUGGGAUCAGCGACUGGUUAUGCCCGCACUCAGCUAGUCAAUCAGUUUACUAGCGUGCCAUUCUGAAAUGAAUGGUAAUAAUCCGAUAGUAAACAUUAUGGAUUAGCUAAACAUUUCGUCCCCCUUUGAAUACAGUGAGGAUGGGUCCGCCAAAUCAAGAUGAAUUCAGGGUUUGUAGUCCCUUGGAUUACGUUACAACCAGCUUUAUGGAUCGUUAGAAGUACAGAAGACGGAGGACGAAGAUACACUUCUGGGGUGGAGUAUUUGACAUCCGAAUGAGGUCAUCAUAUUAACUUUACGUGUCAGUUGUCAAUUACAGCGGUGAAUUGUCCAUCAGUCUUCGUCCGACCUCUCUGGAUAUCAUGGUGGACAUCGGGAUGGAAAUGUUAUCACGAUCAGUGGAAGGGGGUGCUCACAACGCAGUGGUCCCCGCUGUUUCACCCCACAAUUCGUCCUUGUCUGUGAGCCCCACGCCCGACGCUGACAACCGUGGCUGCAAGAAUGGUGCGUUGAUGGACUCCUUCGGCAUAUUCCUUCAGGGACUGCUGGCGGUUGUGGCCUUUAGCACGCUUAUGUUGAAGCGCUUCAGGGAACCCAAACAUGAGCGAAGACCCUGGAGGAUAUGGUUCCUGGACACAUCUAAGCAAGCCAUCGGGAUGCUGUUCAUUCACUUUGCCAACGUCUACCUGUCGGACCUCACCAAGGAGGACCCGUGCUCACUGUACCUCAUCAACUUCCUCCUGGACGCGUCACUGGGCAUGCUCCUGAUCUACGCAGGGGUCCGGGCCGUCAGCGCGGUGGUGGAGUGGCGGCAGUGGGACUCGCUGCGUUUCGGGGAGUACGGAGAACCGGUGCAGUGCAGUGCCUGGGUUGGGCAGUGUGCCCUCUACAUCCUCAUUAUGAUGUUUGAGAAGGUCCUCAUCAUCCUGGUCCUGCUCAUACCACAGUGGAAGCAGCUGGCUCUUCUUAACCCUAUAGAUAACCCAGAUUUGGAGCUGGCCAUAGUUAUGCUCAUCGUCCCCUUCUUCGUCAACGCCCUGAUGUUUUGGGUGGUGGAUAACUUCCUGAUGAGGAAGGGCAGGACAAAAGCCAAGCUGGAGGAGAGGGAGGGCGGGGAUAGUUCUCGUGGCAACAGCAAGGUGCGCUACAGACGAGCGCUCUCCCACGAGGAGUCCGAGUCUGAGGUCCUGAUCUCUGCUGAUGACGAGAUGGACGAGUCUGACAUAGAGGAGGACAUGCGCAGACUGGCUAACUUCAAGCCCAUUAAGAAGAAGAAGCACCGCCUCGGACUUCCUGUCUGACUUACCCGUCUUACCCUGCCUGUUCUCCGUACCCCUGCCGCCUCCAUCGCCACACCCCCCUUCACUGGCUUCAUGGCUCUGGGGGGCAUUGGACCCUCUUCUAAUGCAGUGCUGACAGAACUGACAGCCCUGGUUAGCAGUGUGGAGGUUGAGGGAGGUACGUGUGAGUGACGGUCGGGGGAGCCAAUCAGAAAGUGUCUCCAGCCUCCAGUCUCCAGGAAUCCGGGUCAGUGUUGGAUCCUGGCAUAAUGCACAACAACCUGGAGUGGUGGGUGAAAAAAUGGGUACAUGCUUCUUGGAAACAAAGUGAUGAUUGCUGUGAGGUGCUCUCUCUGAUGUCAGAACAUGCCGGACAGAUCAAAUGAAGGGAGACACUUUCCUCUAAUCAUCUUCGCAUUGAAUGUUACUUUAUAUUGUGUCUUGCGUUUUUAUGGCAGUUCUCGAUCUGUUGGCUGGUGUGACUGAUCUUCUCUGGAGUGGCUGGGGGUGAUCUUGUACUAUGCAUUAGUGUUAUCUGUUCUUAUAUGACAUCUCUGUGAUUAAUGGUUUAAAGGGUAUCAUGGUAUGUAGUGUUUCUAUGGUCAAUCGGGUGAAAGGAAGUACAGUGGUAUGUGACAUAGGACUGAGGGCUAGGGUACUCCCUUAAUUGGUCUGUCUGGUUUGUCUUUCUCUUAUUAUAUUGUCUCUAAUCUAUUGUCAUACAUUGACACCUGCACAUAAUAUCUAUUUUACCCCAGCCAGUUCUGUCCAGCCUAAUAUAUGUAUGUUUAGACUGACUGCAGAUCCUUUAAACCGUUUUGUAGGGUGUCUGUUUGUCUGUGUGGCUCCUAUGGGGUCCAGUUUCAUAGGAGGAAGCAUUUUUUUCCCCACAGUCCGGCUGUGACUAGAGGUACAGGCUCCUAACUUUAACGACUAACUCUGAAUGUAAAUUGUUUUUGAUCAUACGAGCGAGUGUAUUGAACACAGAAGGGAAACGUAACCAAACUCAAGCACACAAGAUGGACGGAUCUGCUCUGACCUCCAGUAGUGGUUCACUGAGUUUUUUUGCCUGUUGUGAACACUUUGGGAGUUGCUGGUACCAGGGUUCAGGAAACCCUUUGCACAUCGGCUUGGAGACCAUGAGCUGCUCUUACUGUGGACAGAAUGGGGAAACACACUCAUGUCUUUGUGUUCCUCACACACCUUCUCAUAUCAAUGCAGUAGGGCCUCAGUACAGUAGCUGGCUUCUGUGUAACAGCAUAUAGGAUCAUUUUGUGUUUAUUUCAUUGUUUUUUUUAAUAUGCUAUAACAUUUGGGAGCUUCCAGGGAUUCUCAUUCCAUAUCUAAGUAUACCUUAUGGCCUUGGUGUCCUGAAACAUUUUUACGGUUCAGAUUUUGGUCAAUACACUGUGAUCCAUCAGUUACUGUGUCCUGUGUUGUGUGGCUCAGUGCCUCCUGCCUGUGUGUUCUGCUGAUUUACUCCAGGCUGUGUGUGUGUGUGUGUGUGUGUGUUCAUGCGCGUGUGCGUGUGUGACUGUGUGACGCAUCUAUGUCUGUGUUGUCAGUGCAAGGGUAUAAAAGUGGUAGGAAGGUGCUUGGUGAGCCCAUUUCCGAUGGUAAAGGUUAUCCGGUUAAUCCUCAACAAAAGAUGCUGAUUCCACAACUGUAAAUCACACAAAAUGUCUGUAUAUGGCAAAUGUUUACUUAACUGACUGCAUGAUAUAUAGUAUUUAAGCACUGUGGAAACAUCAGAAAGAAAAUGUGAAAAAUAACAGAAAACGAUCUUAAAUGUUUUUAAGAGUACUUUUAUUUGCUUCUCUUAAUAGUCCCUGUCCAAAGUCCCUGUCAGCUGGAACAAUGGCACAUUAGAUACGUUUAUAAAAAUAGCACUAUUAGCUCAAAGCUUGUUUUUAUACGUUAUUUGAUUAUAGGAGUAGGUUAAUAGAUACGUCAUGCAAACGUCAUGCUAAUUGGUCAGUAUAUAGGAGAAGAAGCAUUUUAAGCGUCUUUCAUCAAAUUCAAAAUGGCAGAGAGUCCAAUAUGGCAGACGUUAUGGGUUCUUGUGGCAAUUUUGCUCCUCAUGAGUAGAGGAACCAAAUUACUGAAUUUUGUCCUGGUCGAACAGUGCGCACGGGCUGGGCUCCUGAUUAUCUAAAUUUUGUUGUGCACUGUACUGCCACCUGGUAGCCAUUCUGUGUAAUAUUUUAACUGAGACAAGAGUUUAGCCCUCCAAACACCCAAUCAACCUGCAAAUUUGGUAAACCUGUCUUACCAACUAAAAGUUAUGGAAAAGUGUACUUAUACAGCCAUUAGCUGGAUAUUGUGCUUGUUAUUACAGCAUAUCCACUGCUUUCAGCUAAUCACCACUGAGAGAAAACUGGCAGUAGGAAAUGAUCUGAGACGUGAACAUUGUCCUGUGAAGCACUGAGAAAUUUAAUCUGGCCUGCUCACACACACACACACACACACACGUGCAUGCGUGUGUGCGUGCGUGCAUGCAGAGGAGCAUGGAGGCACGGCCUGUAUGAGUUUUCACAUUGUGUCUUGGGUGUCUUGUUCAAAGGAUUAACUUUUUUCGCCCCAUGUCUGUCUCAAGGGCAACUGUGAGUAAAAGGGACCAGGAUGCUUUUCUUAAUAACUGCAUUAACCUCAAGGAGAUGAGAAUGACUGGCCACAAGUCAGUCUGGUUAGUGAAUUUUUUUUUUUUGAAUGGAUGAUGUUAACCAUGAUGGUGCAUUCGCUUGAGUGGUCACAAAUGUUGGUCGGACUGGUAGCUGGACUGAUGAUAAAAUGUGUUAAAGUUGAGGAGAAACAGAACUGUGGAGAAGCACUGUUGCCCUCACUUCCACUGCUAUUCGUGGAGCAAGGAAAGGACAUGCAUAAUGUGCUUACAUUGCAUAUAUGUUUGCAAUAAAGUUUAUCAAAAUGUCCACUGA